AUGGUGCUCAAACACUGGAUGGACAAAACAGCGGCAGUGUCUGUGGAUCAAAGAAAAGGGUCCCGUGGCGAGUACGACAAUCAUGGGGAGACCAGCUUGACCUCAAUCGUACCGAGACCGUUGGCUUCACUUGUCCUUCGUCGCACUGACUCGAAUGCCAUGAACCAGCCUGAUACGGGUCACGGUGGUAUGACGACUUCCGGACUUAUGAGCGUAUACGAUAGCUUUCCACAAGCUUCCGUACACAAAAUGGUGUACGUCAGGGGUGCUCACUCUCCAUUUCUGUUUAAUUCCGUGGUCGGUGUUCAAAUUGCCUUUGACGAAAACCUUGUCGAUCUGGAAUAUGCAGACAACAUCGUUCUCGUUUUCGAAGAGGAGAAGAAGCCACAAGUUGUUUUGGAUGAACUUGCCAAACAUCCCAUCCUUUGCAUGUCUGUUGGCAUCCCGAUCAAAGUUUUGCAUGACGCUGAGGGCCACGUGAUUACCCUUGAAACCGUGAAUGGCGAGGUGUUUCGCGGCAAAUUGGUAGAAGCUGAGGAUAACAUGAAUAUCCAGAUGGCAGACAUUAUUUUAACUGCUCGUGAUGGACGAACCAGCAAUCUACAGCAAGUUUACAUUCGAGGCAGUAAAAUCCGCUUUCUAAUUCUCCCGGAUAUGCUUAAAAACUCUCCAAUGUUAAAGCGGCCUCUUGGUGCGAAGGGAUUGGGUACCGGUCGAGGGAAGAACGCUAUGAUUCGUGCUGGAGUUGUAGUACGUGGACGUGCGCGCCCCAUUGUACGGGGUCGAGGUGCAACGGGCGGACCUGCAGCAGGGCGUGCAUUCGGUCGCUACUGA